UUUUCACUUCGACGCUGCCGUCUAACACCCGCCACACACACUAAACGAGAAGGAACCCCCCUAAAAUUGUAUACGCGCGCCUCUGUGUGUGUGUGUGUGUAUAUGUAUGUAUGUGUGUCUGUGCCUCCGUGCCUCCGUGUGUCUGUGUGUACAUGUGCGCGCGUGUGGCUAUACACCGCGAAGAAUUUGCCCACCUACCCCCACCGCCCUCCUUGACUCCAACCACAACGUGCCAAUGAUUGUCGUCGGCUAAGCAGCGCAAAAAAAAAAGGGGGGACCUUUUUUUUUUUUUGUUUUUUACCAUCGGGCUCUUUUUUGGGCAACCCCCAAAAAAAGAAGAGAAUCCAAGGAGAGAAGCAAAAGAAAAACAAUAGCGGGAAAAUACGUAGCAAUUCCGACGAGACGCAUAAAGCCCAGUAGCAGCAGUGGAUUUUUUUUUAUUAUUUAUUUAUUUUUUUUUUUUUAAUGUGGUGACGACGGGUCUUGUUGUUCAUCCAUCCUUCCAGACACGUAACCGCGAGACGUGCGCACCGUCAUUCCUCCACUAUAAAAUUUUAUAGACAACAAAAUAAAAGUGGAGGACCAUCGUUGAUUGUAGUGAAAUCUUCUGUUGGUGUACGAGGAUAAACGGGGAAAAAAAAAAAAGAACAAGAUUAAAAAAACAAAAUUUAAAACAAGAAGAAAUUCACUCUGAACGAGUGACAUCACAUUUUGGAAGUGUCCGAAAGACGGAGAAGAAGGGUCGGCGGAGGCGCGGGCGGAGGCGGCGAAGCUGAGGUAGGCAUCAGCGGCAGCACCAUCAUCAACAGCAACAGCGGCAACAACAACAACAUGGGACGGAAAAAAAUUCAAAUUUCGCGCAUCACCGACGAACGAAACCGACAGGUGACGUUCACCAAGCGCAAAUUCGGUCUGAUGAAGAAAGCCUACGAGCUGUCGGUGCUGUGCGAUUGCGAGAUCGCUCUCAUCAUCUUCAGCAGCUCCAACAAGCUGUUCCAGUACGCCUCCACCGACAUGGACAAAGUGCUGCUCAAAUACACGGAAUAUAACGAGCCGCAUGAAUCGCGAACUAACAACGACAUCGUUGAGGCUUUGAACAAGAAAGAGCACAAGAGUGGCGGCUGCAGUCCAGACAGUCCCGGCGAAGAUGUCGACGCCACCGAUUACACACUGACACCGCGGACCGAAGCCAAAUACAACAGAAUCGACGAAGAAUUUCAGAUGAUGAUGCAGCGCACUCAACCCCUCAACGGAGCCCAGAGGAGCGGCGGUUAUACGAUGCCCGUCUCGGUACCUGUCAAUCCCGGACCUUACGGAGAUCCUGGCUCCAUGUUACACGCCAGUCCGCAAAUGGUGGGCGGCCAUUCGAGUGUCAGUCCGCGGCCGUCGUCAUCUUCAGGGAUGCUGGACGUUGGUGGUAGCAACAAUGGUUACGGCUCCAGCCAACCGGCCAGUUCGCCCAUACCGGAGAGUCCGACACCGCCGCCAACUCAAUCGGCGCUCAGGAGUUCCAGCUCGAUGGCUAACCGGUCCCUCUCGCCACAGCAACAGCAACACCUUGCCGCCUCUCAGCGACAUAAUUUAAGACUAGCCAUACCCGGCAACCAAGCCGGACUUGCCAUAUCUAGCCAUGAUAGAGGUGGAGGUGGCGGCGGAGGGAACAGCAGUUUGAAUACUCCCGUCGUUCCACUACAGACUGCUGGUUUGUCUGGAUUGUAUCAAUCCGGUUAUUCUGGUCACGGUGGUGUAGGAGCUCAAGGUCAACCUGAUUUCAAUUUACCUCCCGACAUGGUACUCACCUCUCUGCACGCCGUUCACGGCGGAUGGGGCGCUCCGUCCGCCGGCUCCAACAACAGCAACUCCUCAUCUUCUUCCGGCGGUAUCGUUCACCACACCGGUCACCUCUCCAACAAUCUACAUUUAGGGUCCUUGUCCCAUUUGGCAGUGCCCAAUACGGGCUCUCAGCGGCCGCCUAGCGCGCCUCUGUCACCGUCACCGGUGGCGCUCAAAAUCAAAAGUGAGCCUAUAUCCCCGCCUCGGGAAGCUAUGGUCCUUCAGGGAGGAGGUAUGAGCAGCGGAUUAGGACCUUCAAUGGCGCCACUGCCAACCGGUAUGAGUCUAAUGCAACGUCCUUCAUCGUCAUCGGAUCAUCAUUUGUCACCGUCUGGUCACCUCACCCCAACAGGGUCGUCGCCAGAUCCGGGUCAUCAUAGCCAUUCAGAAUACGAUUCGAUGCCGUUACACAAAAGGCCUCGCAUUGCCGAAUGGGGCGCGUCUUAAAAAGAUUGACUCCAAAGAAAAGGAAAAAAAAAAAAGAAAACAAAAUAAAACACAAACACACACACACACACACAAAGCGAGAAAACAAACAUCGCCCAGCAAGCCCAACAACCAAACUCAACAUCCAGUACCCACGGACCGGGGAAAUAGUUUUGUUUGCAAACUCUUUGUCUACUCUCUCUCUCUCUCUCUCUCUCGCAGACUAUCUCUUUAUUGUGCAUCUCCCUCGGAAGGAAACACAAACACACACACACACACACAUGCACUCAAAUAAGUCAGGAAACAAUUCUUUUUCGAUAAUAAUUUUUUUUUUCCAUUUUUUCUUUAGAUGGGCAAAUGGGAGGGGGGGGGGAGGCAGUAAAGACAAUUUCAGCAUUUCCCAGAAAAAAAAAAAAACAACACAAUUUUAACAACCCGAUUUCUGUGGAAAGCAAAAAAACAAAAAACAAAAAAAAGAAACCUAAUCGAGUCCUGCUCCAGCCCUGCUCUUUGAACGAAGCUUUUGCACUUUUGGAUUCGCUUUUGAAUCAAUUUUUUCGAUGGCGCCAAAGAUCCUUAUAUCAAAAAGUUUGAAAAGAUGCAACAGUUAUCCCGCCCUCCCCCCUUCUAACCCUGUACCUAAAUUUUUCGGACAAGUGAUCAGUGAUAGUGCCUGAAAGACUGCGAACAGAUUGCGAGAAAAAGUGACAAACAAUUUGAGAGUAUAUGUAGAACUAGUAGAUUAUGUAAUAAGAAAAAUGGUGCACAAGCGGAUAUGAGACGUUUUCGCUCCCUUUCGUCAAAAGCAAAAAACAAAACUUGUAGGAAACCUGUGUCAUUUUUUUUUCCUCCUAACUCUUUCGUAUUUCCAUCUCUUACCGCGAUGGGAUUUCUUAAUUGGCAGCACAAAAGAGAGAAAAAAAAAAAAGAAAAAAAAAAGGUUGUGAGAAAGAAAGAAAAAGAAAAUGUUGAGUAAAGACGAGUGAAGAAGAGACCAAAAAGAAUUUCAUUUUUUCUAAUUAGUGGGAAACAAUUUGACUUGCUAAAAGACAAUUCACGCCAAUUAUUCUUGCCUCUCGGCAAAUGGCAUAUGGCAGUUGUAGAACUACUCAUUGGAUAAGAGUUAUUUUAGUUAUCAGAAGUGCCUCCACCCAUUUGCUAUUUGUUGUAACGCUACCAUUACGACCCUAUAAUUUUAUUUUUUCGUUAUUUAUUUAAUUAAAUAUUUUUUUUUUUUCGUUGUGGGCGAUUUUCUUUUUCUACCAAAAGAGAACCCACAGAACGGGUCGACUAUUUUUUUUUUUCAUCAUUAUCAUUGUUCAAUCGAAAAUGAGGCAGGUCUCUCUCUUUUUCUGUGACAGUUUUAUUCUGUGAAACUGGUCAAAUAUUAUUGGCCCAGGGCCGUGCUGUGUUAGAAAUCAAUACGUGUGUGCGUACUUUUUUUUUAUAAUUAUCUGUAUAUUUUUUUUUCUGUCAAAGACAAGAAGUUCAAUCCUGCUGCGUGCUUUUUGUUUCUCUUUCGUUCUUAUCGAGAGAAACCUAUUUUUUUAAAUGUUAUUAAGAAUUAUUGAACAAGUGAAAUACCCCGUUGUUUUUCACUGUUUUCGUGGGGCAUCGGCGUUUCGAAAAUUGUUUCGCAAACAAACAAAAAAUACGGCCAAAACAGAAAUUUCAUUUUGGAAAAAAAAAAAAUGCAUCCAUCAUUCGUGAUCGGUUAAUUUUUGGCUGUCAGUAAUGAUAACAUGCAUCGAUUGAGGAGCGUCUCUUCCCAGUUCAAACCAAAACUUUUUCUUUCUCACUUUUUCUUGAUUUAUUUAUUUAUUUUUUUAAUUCGUAGCGAUGACUGACUUCGUUUGUGUCCUUUAUUAUUACAAGAAGUGAUGUGAGAUACUUUGAUUGAUGCCCAGUACCUUAUUGCCGAGAGGAGAACGCAACCCGAGAGAGAGAAUGAGAGAGAGUAUUCGAAGUUGGGUGUGGUCCUAUUUUUGCUAAAGAUUUUCGUACUUCUUUUUUUCUUUCCUCUUCACCAAUUGUCGCGUUAAAGGGCAAAGGUGAUUACAACGCUCAAAAAUUCAAAAAAACAAAAAAAAAUUCAAACAUGAAAAAAGCGCGGCUUCGUCGAUCCCGUCUCUGAAAUUUCAAUAGGAUAUAGGGGAGGGUGUGUGUGUGUGUGUGCUCUAGAUAUAAUUAUUUCAAGCCGAGUUCUAUCAACUUGAGCUAGCGUGUGCCUGUUUUCUUUGCCCUGUUCCCCAUCAAUUUGUUUUCCCUUGUAAUCGUGCGGGUGUUUGAGAUCUUUCUUCACCGAUGACAACGUUGCCAACGCCAAUGUGAAUUCACACCAACCAAAAGAGUUAUUAUUAUUUUUUUUUUUUUUUUUUUUUGCUGAUGAUCACAUCUUUCAGUUCGUCUUUAAAAAACAAAAACAUCUAUUGCCUCAAAAGAAAGAGUCCGCUCCCACUGUCCCCUCUCCCUCCACAUUGAUAUCAAAUGUGCGUAUGGUUUCUACUCUCACCGUCUUUCUCCCUUUCAAAUUUCCCGCCCGCAAAAUAUAUAUGAAAAGGAAAUAUAUAUUUACGCACACACACCUCCCCGUGUAUAAAAAAAAAUCGUAACAAAAAAUGGCCUUCCUUUCUCGAUAAAGAAAACAAAAUUUUCCUCCGCCUAUGAAAUCCCUCCCCUCCACCCCUAGAUAUACAUUUAUAUAUAUAUUAUAUCAUCGUGUUUUCGUUUUCUACUAACUCCCCGUUCCUUUUCUUCUGUCAGAAAUUUUGCCAAAAAAAAAAAAAAUGCGAAAUUACGACAACAAUCAUCAAUUGUGGUAAUCAUCAUUACAAAGCAAAACGAGAGGGGAAAAGAAAA